AUGAUUAAGGAAGGCCUAGUAACCCUUGAAGAGCUUGACCGCCAAAAAUCCCUGAUCCAUGGACGCGCUGUUGCAGGAAAGCUUUUCAUCGACCUCCGAGUCCAGAGGAGCACAGCUGAUGGUGCCGGAACACGGGACUUCUACACAAAUCUCACCACGCCUCUUCAAGGAUGGGAGAGCGAGAUUCGGGACGUCGUUCUCAAGAAGAAACUGCCUCGCAAGAUGAUGCUGCAACCCAACACUGUCGUUGUGAAUGGUCAAGUAGAGCUGAAAGAAUAUCCCUUGACACCCGCCGGUAUGAUCGAGAGCUACAUUGAAAGACGAUUAUAG